UAGCAGCUGUACAGUAGUACAGUAGUAGUGCUUUGCUAGCUAAAGCAAAACAAUUUCUCGAUAUCUCUGAAAUAUCCGUCUUUUGUUGAUAAAUCAUCCAUUUAUUUAUCCGUGGCCCUUCGUGGGCUCCGUAGUGUGCUUUUAAAACGGCGUGUUGGUAAAUUAUUGUUGAAAAUGCUAACGGAAGUGCUGCCCUUGACCCCCACGGUAAAUGUUGUUAUUCAAGCAAGUGUAAGUCAUGUCGCUGCGGGUGGUGACGGCUGCUCAAAGACUUUUUUGUCAGUGUCGCAGCAUUUCAACGAAAAUUCUCGCGAGAGGUGCCGCCCUAGACGGUGCACUUAGUCAAUUCCGAUCCAUAUGUGGAGAGGAUGGGGUGUCGGUGGCCGCUGCUGUCCGAGAACAACACGGCCGGGAUGAAUCGGUACACAGAUGCCGUCCGCCAGAUGUGGUGGUUUUUCCUCGCUGUGUUGAGGAGGUCAGCGCUUUGGCCAAAGUCUGUUAUAGCCAACGUCUUCCCAUUAUACCGUUUGGUACCGGAACUGGUCUGGAAGGAGGGGUUGGCGCUGUGAAGGGAGGCGUAUGCUUCAGUCUAAGGAACAUGGAUCAGAUUCUGGAUCUGCACCAGGAGGAUUUUGAUGUGACGGUGGAGCCCGGUGUGACCCGGAAGACUCUCAAUGCCCAUCUACGAGACACUGGACUCUGGUUUCCUGUUGAUCCCGGGGCUGAUGCGUCGCUGUGUGGGAUGGCAGCCUGCAGCGCAUCCGGCACCAAUGCCGUGCGGUACGGAACCAUGAGAGAAAAUGUGAUCAACCUGGAGGUGGUACUCGCUGACGGGACUAUUAUACACACGGCUGGCCAGGGCCGGCGUGCCAGGAAGACGGCAGCGGGCUACAACCUGACAAACCUCUUUGUGGGAUCGGAGGGCACUCUGGGAAUCAUCACCAAGGCGACCUUGCGCCUCUACGGCGUUCCGGACGGCGUGCUAGCGGCCGUGUGCUCCUUCCCCAGCGUGCAGGCGGCCGUGGACAGCACUGUGGACAUCCUACAAGCCGGAGUCGACAUUGCUCGUAUUGAGUUUCUCGAUGAUGUCAUGAUGGAUGCGUGUAACCGGUUUAGCUCGCUGUGCUACCCCGUCGCACCGACUCUCUUCCUGGAGUUCCACGGUUCUGAACAAAGUCUGCUGGAACAGGUCAAGACUGCUGAGGAAAUGACACAAACGAACGGAGGCUCGGACUUCCAGUGGGCAAGAGAUGCGGAAAAACGGAAUCGGUUGUGGAAAGCUCGCCAUGACGCUUGGUACGCCGCCCAGGCGCUCAGGCCCGGCUGCAAGGCUUACUCUACAGACGUGUGUGUUCCCAUUUCCCAACUGCCUGAAAUCAUAGUGGCGACAAAGGCGGACCUGCUGGAGAACCAGCUUACAGGUCCCAUCGCGGGCCAUGUGGGGGAUGGGAACUUUCAUUGUCUGAUGGUGUUGGAUCCCAACAACCCAGAGGAAGUCCAGCAGGUCCAUCUGUUCAGCCAGAGACUGGCAAGACGUGCCCUGGCUGUGAGCGGUACCUGCACAGGUGAGCACGGCGUGGGCUUAGGCAAGCGGGGGCUGCUCUUCGAGGAGAUGGGACCCCCGAGCAUCCGAGUCAUGCGGGACAUUAAGGACGCCCUGGACCCAAAGCAUCUGAUGAACCCAGGGAAGCUGUUUCUUGGCUGAACGCUCAAGUAUCCAUACCUGGUACAUAAUGAAAGUACUACAUGAUGUACUGUACGUAUAUGCAGUAUGCCAUGGUACUACAACAACCGGCCAUUAGUAGUACCACUACUAUAAACACAGCUUUGACUU